CCGCACCAUGCCGCCUGUCGGUAACGAGUAUGCUGCCCAGCAGUUGAAAACUCAGGGCAACAAGCACUUCAAAGAGGGCGAGUACGAGCAAGCAGAGACUCUAUACGGCCAGGCUAUACAGAAGAACAGCUCUAACCCUUUACUCUUCACCAACCGCGCAAAUGCGCGCCUCAAGUUGGAGAAAUGGGAAGGUGUGAUAGACGAUUGCAUACGCAGUAUCGAGAUCUUGAAGGAUAAUAUGAAGGCGUUUUUCUACUUAGCCCAGGCUCAGCUCUCCAUCAACCACCCCAACGAAGCGCUGUCUUCGGCCCUCAUGGCGUAUGAGCUCUGCACGAGCUCGUCGCAGCAGACCUCGAAUGCAGCCACAAUAUCCGCACUCGUCCUCAAGUGCAAGAAGGCGAAAUGGGAUAUCCGCGAGAGGGAACGGAUAAGGCGACGUGACGACUUGCUGUGCGACCUCGAAGCCAUUCUCGAAACGCAGUGGAAAAAAGACCAAGAAGACGUCGAAGCCAAGAUUGAAAACGGCGAGAUUGGCCGUGUCGAGGGCCAAGAAGAAAAGGCCGAACGACGCACCGAAUGGGAGAAGAAGAAGUCGGACCUGCGAACCGCUUUUUUUCUUUCCGACCCUCAGAAUCUGGAAAAACGCGAGGUCCCGGAUUAUCUUGUCGACGGGAUCACGUUUGAAAUCAUGCAUGACCCUGUCGUGACCAAGAACGGGCGGAGUUAUGAGAGGGCGACGUUGAUUGAGCAUCUGAAGCGAAACCCAACCGACCCCUUGACGAGAGAGCCUUUGACGAUCAACGAACUUCGACCCAACAUUGCGCUCAAGGAAGCGUGCACCGAGUUCAUGGAGAAGAACGAAGGCUGGGUCUACGAAUGGUAG